AUGGCUCAGUUAAACCUUCCCAAUAAUCAGAAGCACAUUCUCUGGUCCCCUCUGCCAACGUUGCGUGUGAUUCCGGGCCGUCACACAACUCAUCCCAGCGACUCCACGUAUACAUUGCGACCUGAUCAACUCACACGGUGGACGGAUUUUCCCCGUCAUGUCCUACAGCGAGUAGAGAAUUUGGGAACACCUCCCCAGGACUUUAGGCCUCGGACCCCACGAGAAUAUCACAUCACUGGGAACGAGGGAGGGUUACAGGGAAGAUAUGUCCAGCACGUGGGCACCUCGCUGGGACCCAUUUUUAAUGCGUUGAACCUUGGUGUCCAGAUGGCUGACUACCAGGUUGGCGUACAUAUUGAUACUGGUUCUGCUGAGAGCAAGGAAGCCAUGGAGCCAGGCAUGAGGCAGCCUGAUCUUGUGAUGAUCGGUUCCAGUGAUAAUGUCAUUCGCCUGGUAGGCGAAAUGAAGACAUACUGGACAUUCUAUCCACCAAAAGGCCAGAGCCAGAAAAGAUUCUUGGCGCAGAAACUGGGCCAACUGGCACGGUACAUGGAUGACCAUCGUUGUCGCUUUGGGUUUUAUUCCACAUACGAGAAAACGUGGUUUUUAAUGAGGUCAACCUCAACGAACUUCCUAGUGUCAGAGCCCGUUCUGCACCACCAAACCGCGACCGAAACGAGGCCAUCAAUUCGGCAGUGUUUCCUUUUUCUUGCGGCCGUCGUUAAAGAUCACAACGCGACGUAUUGGCCGGAAAUUUAUGGGCUGCGUCUGACAAACCAGCCCUUGGGCGACCCUACGAGAGAGCAACCUUCACGCCCGGGAAAAGGCACUAAAAGAACCAACGUGGACAGCGCGGAGGGAAGUUUUAACCCUGGCCUAGUUGGGAAAUUCUGGGGCUAG